UAGGCGCUGCACAUGCGUACGUACCCCCUUCCGCCUCAAGUCAUUUUUGACAUACUUUUGCUGCCAUGUUGGUAGGGCCCUUAGUACCUUAGAUGGAAAAAAAAGGGAAACCGAAUGACAGUUUGACAUACAGCAGUUGUCUUUCGGAUUCCCUAUGGUCCCCUAGGAGGUAAAACGGGAGCUUGUCCGUCUGCAUUUGGCGGGCGAGCGGGGGUGGGGGGGGCCGAGGGGCUCUGCCACACUCAAGAUGGCUGUGAUGAUUCUGGCGAACGUAAUGAUACAAACCGGAAGAGGAAGUGCUACGGGCUACAGGAAGGAUCAGAUCAAGUUCCGAGCACAUGUGCGUGUAGUGACUGCUUCUCUGCGCCGGAGGGACCCCCAGCUGCUGACUUCAAGAUGGGCAAGAAGCCCAAAGUAGGGAAGACCCGAAGGGACAAGUUCUAUCACUUGGCCAAGGAGACUGGUGAGAAAAUUGGGGUGUAGUUCUGAUUUAUUUAUUUGUUUAUUCCCUUAAUAAACGACCCCAGUGUAUGUCUUGCCCUCAUUCCCAGAUACGCGGGGAUAGUAGCUCGACAGAGAGGAAAAGUCACUCUGUGUGGGUUCAGAGACACUCUUUCCCCUCUCUUUGCCCUGUGAGGUAGUUACUAUGGCUUAAGUCUUGGGCUGGGAUUGAUUUGUGGAUUAACGGGGGCCCCGGAGGGGUGGUUGAAGUUGAAACUGUUCCACUCCGGGAUAGCUGAGUCGAUAGAACAUGAGACUUAUAAUAAUAAUAAUAAAUAAAUCUCAGGGUCGUGGGUUCAAGCCCCACGUUAGGUGAAAGAUUCUCGCAUUGCAGGGUGUUGGACUAGAUGACCCUCUUGGUCCCUUCCAACUUUGCAAUUCUAUGAUUCCCUGAGGAGGCGGGGAGACCUAGCUGUAAGGUUUCUGCUGAGGAUUGGGUAAACAGUAACCGACUUAAACUUGUGGGAUGUAGAAUUAGGUUAAAGUUUAUAUUGAGCAUCGUCAACCUUUCCAAACCCAGGUUCCACUUUGGGGACCGAUUUCUUAAUAUUUUACCAUAUAUUAGCAAGGUGGCAGUGUAUCUGUUGCAACACACGUCGGAUCAGAUUCUGACCCACCUGUUGAAGAACCAUUGCUUUACAUGACUCUUAAGAGGAACUUUAUAAUGCUUAGGUAUAACUUGCAUAUGGGGGGGUGUGUUGUGUAAUCUUCUUGCAGAGGGCAAAAUAUUAUUAAUAACAACAACAACAAUAGCAGCAACAACAGUUGACAUUUGAUAAGUGCUUUCAGAUGUUCAAAGUGUUUUAGUUACCAUCUUUACAACAGUCCUGUGAGAUAAAUAAGUGUUAUUCCCCAUAAUGUAAAUGGAAGGGACUAAGAGGAAGUGGCUUACCUAAAACCACCUUAAUGAGUUUAUGACAGAGGCAAGAUUUGAACUGGGGGAUUCCCGAUUCAUAGCUUAGUCUCUUUAACCACUACACAAUGCUGCUGUUACGAUUCAAGAGCAGUGAGUAUCCAUUAGGCUUGCUUUAGAUACAGGUUGUCCUUCAAGGGAAGGACCAUAAUUCAGUGGCAAAACAGGCUUUCCAUGCAAAGGUCUACACUGACUAACACAAGCACUCCCCAGGGUUCCAUCCUUGGCAUCUUCAGGUAGGGGUAGGAAAGAUGCUUGUGUGAACGAUGGACACGACGGCACUUUUUCCUCUCACGCCGUUGGGCCCACUCUCACUUAGAUAAAUUUCCCCCAUCUCACUGAACAACCCUUUACUUGAAAUUUUCUUUUCCUUUCCUCUUAAAAUUCUAGCCCGAAGUAUCCUGUGGGGGACCUUUGUGAGGGGAUAUUUCGUAAGUAGGAGUCUCAGACAGGUUUUCUUUAAAUAAACAAUAAAGAUUUAUUUAAGGCAAGAUAGUAUAUAACACAAAUGGAUUAAACUUGGGUUACUUCAGGCGUACAGUAUGAUUACACUUUAAUUCGUCCUCAGUUUUGCGUUCUAGGUUUGGUUCUGGUGAUAUUUUUCUUUCAGUUAUCCACCCCCUUUAACAAUCCUGCUCCUGAGGUACCUUAAGCAAUAGACUCAAGGGCUCUCCACACCCCCUCCCUUCACUGGGUUUGGGAGUUUCUUCUUUUCCUAAGAAAAAUCUCUCCCCUCCAGAAUAGAUUUGAGUUCCAAGUAGGCUGUUCCUUUCCAGCUCCUACUUCUCCUGGCUCAACCUCUGCCUCCCAGUAAAAUUCUGGUCUAUACAAUACACUCAGAAGGGAAGUUGUCUUUUUCCAGAACCAACUCUUUCUCGAAUUCACUCUUUCUACCUCAACCUGUCUCCCUACCUAUCUCCCGACCUCUCCAACCCACUCACCCAACCUCACUCUACCUCCCACUGUAUCUCAAAUCCUUUCCUUUUAAAAACUCCCCCCUGGAACCACAGCCAAUCAGAGACUGCCAUUCAUUAACAAUUUGCUGGCAGGGAAAGAACACCCCCCACACUUUCUUUUGUUUUUGAUCCAACCGGUCCAGCAAAACUAACUUUUCCAUCACACCCCGGAUAGCUGUUUUUUGUCAGUCAGUGUUAUUGUAAUCAGCCUUUUGAGUCCCAAGACUUUCCUUUUGCACAAACACGCAUCUGGGGAGCCACUCUUUCAAUCUUAACUAUUAUAUUUGUACUGUGGUACAGCAGCUGGUGUGGCCUACCUUGUUAAGUUACAACUUAGCAGCAGGUCCCAGCCAGUUGGUUGAGGUUGGGCUAAUGAUGUACGAAGGCCGCUGCAGGCUGUAUAAAGCGGCUUCCUAUGUUAUCUAGGUUGGGUUAGCUAAGUGAUAUCUGGGCCACAUUCUUUUCUGGCUUAAAGUUUGAGGCACACUUCAGUCUUGCACUAAAGGGUAUGAGUAUUGGAUUGAUAGUGAGAUAGAUAGAUAGAUAGAUCAAUUGUUCUUGAUCAGCCCCUGGAACAAUGAGCAGCCAUUCUCCUUGCAUCUCCAGGAUAGCCCAUUAAAUACUACUCCCUAGUGGCCCACCCUCAUCUUGGCCAAAUAAGACAGUGUUCAAGAAUAGGACUUUGCCUUACAGGGUUGUUCCGGGGAUUAAUGGGGGAGGGGGAGAACUAUGUACACUACCUGAAGUUCCAUGGAGAAAAAGGGGGGAUAUAAAUGCGUUGAAUGAAUGAAUGAAUGAAUGAAUAAGGUCUAACUGGGCAUGGCAUGGUGCUCAUGCAUCCCUUUUCCAGGAUUCCGUUCCCGUUCGUCUUUCAAGCUCAUUCAGUUGAACCGCAAAUUCCAGUUCCUUCCAAAGUCUCGGGCGUUGCUGGAUCUGUGCGCUGCUCCUGGAGGAUGGUGAGUGACUGGCAAGAAGGGCAGGGGGCGUGUGGAGGUUGUUUUGUUCAGGAUUAGAGAAGUCUGGCUACUGGCAUGUUACUGGUACAGGUCACAUAUAUGAGGCUGUGUGGUUCUGACAGCUGGGGAAGAGCUUCCGAUAAACAAGAGUGAAAUAUGUUCAGUAUAGGCCAGUGAUAAUGUUGAAAUUUCAAGAUACUCAUUUGCUUUGGUCCUGUGACUUGUCCAUGAAAGGAUCCCCACUGUGGAGAUAUUUGGGGAAGUCAAGGUGAAGCGGACUGCCUCUGAGGCUUCAGAACCACCCCAAGGUUUGCAGCUGCCCUCAAGCUGUCCAUUAAUGAAAAAAAGCACCACCCAGAGAGGAAGUGGGGCUAAUUCUGUGAGCGACAACACUGGCUUCCAAUCAAGAAAUGCCUUCACCAAGGCUCCAUUUUUUACUUUGAAUCACUGUGCUUUUGGGAGGGGCAGAGAAAGGACCCCGUCAGAAGCAGAAAACAUUUUUAAAGAGAAAAAGCAUUUGGUCACCAGGCAAUAAUAUUUAUAUAUUGCUUAAUAUGCAAAACCCCUAAGCUGUUUACAGAACAUGCAGUAAAAUAAUUUCUCUCUCUCUUUAUAUAUAUAGAAUUUUAUAGCAAAUAAUGAUACAAAUCUCAUUCAUCAUGUUAUAUACAAUUAUUCUCCCUCCCCUCCUCUGGACUUCUCUCAACUUCCCCUCUGCUGAGUUACUUAGUUUUAUUCAUUGUAUCCUGCUUUUCCUACAUAUUUGGUCACCAGCAGCAAUAAUAUUUAUAUAUUGCUUAAUACGCAAAACCCCUAAGCUGUUUACAGAACAUGCAGUAAAAUAACCUUAAAAAGAAAAACGUACAUACAACGUUUAAAACAAAAAAUGCAAUGACAUACAUUAGUAAAAACAGAGAAGUCAUCAAUAAAACAUUCAGUUAAAUUCAAUAAAUAGCAAAACAGAACAAUGCGAUCAAUGGCAGUCUUUUAGUCAUAACUUCCUAAUCUCUGCACUCACCCUGCUGAAAUUCCGUUGUGGCGACCAUAACCCAGGUUUAAGGUGGCACUUGGCAAUUAGCUUAUAUACCUGAGUUUCUAAAACUGGUCUAGGCAUUUCUUGGUCUCCACACCCAUCCACCCACCCAUUAUAAUCAGUAGGGAAGACAUCCAAAGGCUUUUUUUUUGAAACCACAAUUUUAUUAAUCUAGAUUUUCAAGGUAGCCUACAAAAUAGAACCAUAAAACAGACCAAAAACAUCAGAAACAAAACCAAUUAUCGUAGCAAGAGUAAAAAUAAAAAAGCAGUAGUUAUAAGAUCAGUUAACUGAUCUUAUAUCCAAAGGCUUUUGAAAAUGAGGCAAGGGUGCUUUGGAUUUGAGGUGAAGCGCGACUCUGUCUCAGCCAAGACAAAUAUUUGCUGUUUUUCUUAAGGGCACAAAAUACCUUGCAUCGGUAGCCUGCCCAACAUUUGCUUGCUUUGGUCCAGUCCAGAGGAAGGGGCAAGCCGUUGGCUUGAUUUCAGGUUGUGCUCAAGAUAAAGGGUUCCUGGGAAAAUGGACUCUCUUGCCCGGCUCUGCAGUUCUGAGAAAAGAAGAGAAGAGAAGGGCGAGGGCUCCUCCCUGUUGCACUAAGUCUCUUGAGGCUUUCAUCAGGGGCUGCAUGCCUGCAGUGGGGCAGAGCCAGAGCCAAAAGUGGUUGGAGCUACCCUUCUUUUAUUUCCUUUUCUGCCACCACCUCUCUUCCCACCCAGCAUGCUGCAGAGGGAGGGAUAGAUUGCUAGCUGUCAGUUCAGGUUUCUGGGAAGAGUUGAGGGCUUUUGAAGUUAGGCACAGGCCUGUAGGUUGACCACCCCUCUCCUGAAGAUUCCCUGACUCUGCCUUCGCAGAGCAUGUUUUGUAGGCCCGUGUUUGCACAGAUUAUCAGUAAUCUUCGAAACAGCCCUAUAGAACAGACUGGAAAGAAUAUUUUUGUGUUACAAAUGCACACAUGCAUCCAGAAGAUUGUACUUUGUCUUAUUAUAAUUAAUUUAAGAUUUGGACAGAGAGCCUCCUGGGUCAGAGCAGCCUGUCUUUAACCACUGUGCAACAUUAACUGGCGUUCAUUUGAGAUAAGAUUUGAUUUUAAUUAAGAGCCUCCUGGAUCACACCUCACUAUCUUUAAUCAUUACAUAAUGCUGGUUGACAUUCAGAAAGUCUUGGUGCUGGGGUAAGAGCAGGAAAGGUUUAGCGUUGCGGAGGCAACUCAGAUUUUAUCAAAUGAACCAGGUUUGUUCUCACUCUUUGGGUGUCAUUGUUGACUCGCUCAAAGGUAGACCUGAUUCUGUUCUUCCAACAGGUUGCAGGUGGCUUCAAAGUUUAUGCCUGUGUCCAGUCUUAUAAUUGGUAAGUAGCCUUGAUGGGGGAAGAAGAGAGCCCUAAUCUUGCCUAGCUUCCCAUUUCCCAACCCAGAUGUAUCUAGGGAGCUCACAAGAAGGGACAUGAAUCAUAGAAUUGUAGAGCUGGAAGGGACCCCAAGGGUCAUCUAGUCCAACCCCCUGCAAUGCAGGAAACUCGGCUGAAGCAUCCAUGACAGAUGGCCAUCCAACCUCUCUGCCACUGCUGCUCUCCCAGGUGUUCAGAGACACACUGGCUAGAGCCAAGAUAGGGAACCCGUGAUUCACUCAAAUUUAAUGGACUAGAACUCCAGCCAGCGUGACCAGGGGUCAGAAAUGAUGGGAGUUGUAGUUCAGCAGAGCCUGGAGUGCCACAGGUCCCCUACCCCUGCAAGGGAGGGAGGAUGGAGGGGGUGAUGUACACAAAAGGAUCGUGGCUUUUCAUUUGCAUAGUAAAGAACAUUGUGAACUCUCCACAUACAUUAUCUUUUUGCACAUCCUCUGUAAGGUAAGUAAAAUCCCUGAUGAGAGGCUGAGAGCAAGGGGCCUGCCUAAAAGGAUCCCCACUCAGAUUCCUGCAUUGCAGGGGGUUGGACUGGAUGACUCUGGGGUCCCAAAUCUACAGUUCUAGGCUUCUAUGUCCAUGGAAGAGAGCGUAUUUGAAGCAGGUUCAUUUCCUGGUUCAGAGCCCUUGUUUCUUAAUUGCCAGGUCAUGCCAGCUCUCCUGAGCAGGCAAAGGAAGCAGUGGCAGGGGGCUGGGUGUGCACUGAGCAAGUUGCCCUACAGCAGGGCUGGGGAGCCAGGCUUUGGUGGACUCCAGAUCCCAUCAUCCCCCAGCUGGCGUGGCCAGGGCUGAGGAGAGUUGUUGCCUUCCUGCAAACUGGAGGGCCAGCUCCUUCAUCGCUGCCACAAAGCGUAAAAGGGGUUUCCUGAUGCUUCACACGUGAAAGCAAAGCACAUUGGUAGAGUACGUGCCUCAGGUCCCAGAGUCGACCCUUUGUUUAGAAGGAUUUCUAGCAGAAGGAAAGACCACCUGCGGUAGGGCUUGGGAAGCUGCUGCAAGCCAGAGUGGGCAGCACUGGGCUAGGUGCAAUAGCAGCCCCUGCGGUAGGACAGAGCAGCCUUCCCUGGAUAGGGUGGCAGCAGAAUUGGGCGACGUGGCUUCCCCUGGGGGUCUAUCUAGAGCAGUGUUUCCCAAACUUGGGUCCCCAGCUGUUUUUGGACUACAACUCCCAUCAUCCCUAGCUAGCAAGACCGGUGGUCAGGGAUGAUGGGAACUGUAGUCUGGAGAGCCAGGUUUGAGAAACACUGAUCUAGAGGCACUGAUUGUUGUCCGCUUAGGUAUCUUCACAUGUACACAUGUACUUAUUGAUCUGUACAGCCCAGCUGCCUUGUGCUCAGACUAUGCCCUUGUUGAAUGUUGCAGCUCAGUGUAUAGCUCAGCUAGGGUGUACACUGAUUGCACACUCUUUGAAUGUGACGCAUUAACACCCUCUGUAUAUAAGGCAGUUUUGCCUGUAAUGGGCUAUGCUGCAGAAGUUGGGCAGUGAGAUUCCUGGCACUUUCCCCCCUAAAUAAUCCUCUUCCCCCAUAUUUCCCUCCCUGCUUCCUCCCGUGUCUUUGAUUUCAGGGGUUGACCUGGUUCCUAUAAAGCCCAUUCCCAAUGUGGUAACAAUGCAGGAAGACAUUACCACGGAGAAGUGUCGCCAGGUAACUUGCUCUCUUUUUCCGGUACCCACGCCCUGAUUCCCUGCACAGCUAAUUUUAGUCUUCCGUCUCGCCUGCCUUUGCCAUCCUCAUCUCUCAUCUGUUUGUUUGGAGAAUUUACAUACUGGAUUUCAUGCUUAUUUGUUUUUCAAUGAAUAAAUCCCAGGGCAGGUAGCAUUUAAAAAUGGAGAUAAAAGCAUAAAACGCAACAAGGUCUAAAAACACAAGAACAAAAUGCCAAGUUAAUAAAGCAGAUUGAGACUCUUCUGUGUUCUUGUCUGCUCUCUCUACCUCACUCUCUGUUGCUCUCUCACGCACACCAAGAACAUAGCAGAAGAAAAGCCCUGCUUUUUCAGGCCCAUGGCCCAUCUAGUCCAGCAUCCUGUUCUCACAGUGGCCAACCAGAUGCUUGUGGGAACCCUGCAAACAGGAUCUGGGUACAGUAGCCCUCUUCCCACCUGGAAGUUGUGGCUAGGAGCCUUCCUUUCCCAGUGACAUCCUGCCCUCUGCAAUGAGGCGGAGAUGUUUUGUCCUUGGUGAAUUCUGUCACAUACUUCUCUGUGUAAUACUCAGCUAGGUAUUGCCCUGAAUUCAGUCUCUCUUUCUCUCUCCCCAUCCCCCAGGCCCUACGCAAGGAGCUGAAGACGUGGAAAGUGGAUGUUGUGCUGAACGAUGGGGCUCCCAACAUGGGAGCCAGCUGGGUACAUGAUGCGUUUUCCCAAGGUGUGGAGCUUUCCUCCCAGGGGUGCUGGGAGGGAGCAGGCGGUCUUCUCGCCGGCAGCACAUGCGGGCUGUCUCCUGAAGGAGAAGCAGGUGGCUGAGCGGCAUAUCCAGAGCUGCGUGCAUAGAGCGCCUGACCUGUCUAUCACUGUUGGGUACAGGAGCAGCAAUGAUUCUCGUGCGCACAGGACAGGCCGUGCGAGUCCCAAUGUGCAUGUAGUGUCAGUUUUGCAAGAACCCCCUUGGCCACAUCGUCCAUCUGCUGCAAAUCAUAUAAUACAUGGUGGAGUUGUGACCCUGCGUUUGACACCAGUGAGAGCUCAGCCUCAGAUGGGACUGUAAAGUCACAUUCUUGUGCUGCCCUUCCUUCCCCUGAUCUUGGCCGUUGAGAAAGAGAGGCCUGCAUCAGAGCAUAAGGGGUGUGCCAGAGCAUGGGCCUUUUAAUCUUGCAGUAGUUUAAAACCCAUGCUCUGGCUGCUUCCAGGUUAGACUACUGCAGUUUUGGAACUCCCCCCGCUACACUGGUUGCCCCCUCCCUCUCAGCACUGUCCUUUUUUUGGCUGCCGUCUAAAGGGGCAUUUGUCUAUUCAGUCACUUGGAAGUGAGAUUAUGGGGCUCUGUAGAAAACUGGAGACCGCGUACGAUUUUAUUCAUCGCUGUGUGCUGCCGUGUGGUCGUUGGAUGAAGGGUGGCUCAGUCGGUAGAGCACAAGACUCUUAAUCCAUGAAGUUUAGAAAGCAAGUUAAUAAUGAUAAUAUUUGGGGCUGCUUUUAAAGAUUUAUUAUUGGCCAGCUGAAUGCUAAGCAUGCGCAUGGCGCUUUCGAAGGAUGCUUAAAAUAAAUUUCUCUUGCAAUCCGUACAACAACCCUGUAAGAUACAUAAGUCUUGUUAUCCAUAUGUUGCAAAUGAUUUGGGGGGGGGGUGAGUGUUUUUGUGCGUAAACGUGCUGGUGGAUUGAGCUAAAUGCCAAGUUGGCUGCCCUUGCCACCCAUUUCCCUGGCACCGUCUCAUUCCCUUUCCCCCUCUGCUCUCCCUUUAGCAAACCUCACACUGUCGGCGCUGAAGCUGGCCUGCGACUUCUUGGCCAAGGGCGGCUGGUUCAUCAGCAAAGUCUUCCGUUCCCAGGACUACCAGCCCCUCCUGUGGAUCUUCCAGCAGCUGUUCCGCAAAGUCCAGGCCACCAAGCCCCAGGCCUCGCGUAAUGAGUCUGCCGAGAUCUUUGUGGUCUGCCAGGGUGAGUCCACAGAGAGGGGGAAGUGGGCACAAGGCGGACACAGAACAAGAUGAGCAGUGGGAGGCUUGGUAGCAUCAUGGCUUUAGCCUCGCAAACUGCAUUAAUUGAUUGAUCAUUUCAUUCCUGUAUUGCUUAAUACAUUAAAAAUAUCUAAGCGGUGUAUACAGAUAACCGAAGCGACAACAGACAACUUAAAAAUACUGCAAAAAUAUGCAGUUACAUAUAAUCAUGUUAGGUUAAUACGAAGUUACUAAUACCUAAAAUUCAGUAUAUAGUGGUACCCUGGACAUCGAACGGAAUCUAUUCCAGAAGUCUGUUUGACUUCCAAAACGUUUGGAAACCAAGACUUGGCUUCCGAUUGGCUGCAGGAAGCUCCGCAUCAGACGUUCAGCUUCCAAAGAACGUUCGCAAAUGGGAACACUCACUUAAGAGUUUGCGGCGUUUGGGAGUCAAAACGGAUGAGUACCAAGGUGUUCGACAACCAAGAUACGACUGUAAAUUCAUUUUCUCUUCUGCUUCCACUUCCCCCUCCAGGCUAUUUGGCUCCAGAUAAAAUCGACAACAAGUUCUUUGACCCCAAGUUCGCCUUCAAGGAAGUGGAGGUGCAGGCCAAAUCGGUCACUGAGCUGGUGUCCCAGAAGAAGCCCAAGGUUAGUGGACAAGCAAACCUUAAGGAGAUCAGUUUAUCUUCAUUUUAAAAUAGCUAACUGGCCAAAACACAGCCUCCAAAGGACCUUUCUCCACCACCUUGCCUUCUCUGAUUUUGCUCCAGAAUUGCCCUUCUCUGACCUUGUAAGGUUAAGGAGCUGCAAAGGAAGUGGAGUAAGGCUGGGCAAUAUCUGGUUCACAGCAUUGCAGUAUACUGAUAUAUUGCAAUGUCUGAAAUUAGGAUGGAGCCAUGCAGAGGCGUUGGCUGGCUUCGCGGCUUUUCCUGCAUGGUGAAUUUUGCUGGAGCCUGCUCUUGUGAUUCGCUGCCCCCCACAGGAGAUGGGGGAAAGCUGGGCCAGCAGUUAACAGGGUUCGCAGGAAGAGAAGUACAGUGGUGCCCCGCAAGACAAAUGCCUCGCAAGACGAAAAACUCGCUAGACGAAAGGGUUUUUCGUUUUUUGAGCUGCUUCGCAAGACAAUUUUCCCUAUGGGCUUGCUUCGCAAGACGGAAACAUCUUGCAAGUUUGUUUCCUUUUUCUUAACAGCGUUAAUACAGUUGUGACUUGACUUCGAGGAGCAACUCAUAGAACGCGGUGUGGUAGCCUUUUUUUAGGUUUUUAAAGACUUUGGUGAUUUUUGAAGCUUUUCCAAAACUUUCCCGACACCAUGCUUCGCAAGACGAAAAAAAUCGCAAGACGACAAAACUCGCGGAACGAAUUAAUUUCGUCUUGCGAGGCACCACUGUAUUGGCUAGCCUCACGGUUUUUCCCACAUUGCGAUUUUUGCACAGCACGCACAGACCGUGAUUUGAUAUACUGUAUAUUGCCAGGUCAAAAUUUAUAAAACUAGUAUCACAAUAUGGACUUCAAACUGGUUUGGGAUGAUAUAUCACCCAGCCCUAGUGUGGAUUGCUUACAAAGUCUGACCGUCUUGCAUUAGAUUUCUACUUUGGAUACUGACUUCAAAUUUCCACGCUUUUGCUUGGGCACAGUGCUAACCUGUGGCUUUGAGGCAUCAGUGGGAACAAAAAAAUUCCAUCGUUAAACUAUGGAACUUAACUCCCACAAGAGGCAGUGAUGUCCAGCAGCUUGGCUGGGUUUAAAAGAGGAUUGGGCAAAAUCAUGGAGGAUAUAGGGUUAUGCUCUACUGCCAAAGUCAAGAGGCAGUUAUGCCUCUGAAUUCCAUUUUCUGGAAACAGUAGGAGAGGAUGGUGCUGUCGUGCUCAAUUCCCGAUUGUAUGCUUCCCACAGGCAUACAAUUGGAUGCUGAGAACAGGUUGCUAGACUAGAUGGGUCAGUGGCCUCAUCCAGCAAGGUUCUGUUAAAAUCCUUGGUACCCGUGGUGGACCUGUUAAAGGGUAAAAGAGUAUUGGGAAAUGAUCCCUAAUGAAUUGAAAAAAAUGUUUAAAAGUACUUUUCCAAAAAAAACCAAAAAACAGAAUCCUUUUUGUUGGAGAUAUUUCAGACGGAAAUUCCCAGGUGUCAGAAAAGGUUAUUUAUGUAUGCCACUACUGCGGCCCCAAAAUGGAAAAUGAGCGAGGUCCCAACCAAAGAAUUGCAACUUAAGUUGACAGAAUAUGCUCAGCUUGCAGACUUAACAUAUAGAACAGGGGUUAGCAACCUUUUUCAGCCGUGGGCCGGUCCACCGUCCCUCAGACCAUGUGGUGGGUUGGACUAUAUUUGGGGAGGGGGGUGAACAAAUUGCUAUGCCCCACAAAUAACCCAGAGUUGCAUUUUAAAUAUAAGGACACAUUCUACUCAUGUAAAAACACACUGAUUCCCAGACCGUCCGUGGGCCAAAUUGAGAAGGUGAUUGAGUUUUGAUGGAUGUAAUAAUGGAAUACUGAAUGGUUUAGUUUGUGUAAAAUACGCAGGCAUUUUUUGAUAUGAAAAAUGAACCAUGGAAAGAGAAGAAGGGAAGUCAUUGAUAUUUUAUGUUUAAAUGAGUAUUCUAAAUUGUAAAACAAAAUGUAAUAAAAAUUAUAUAUAAAAGAUAAAUAAAAUCCUUGGCAUCAGGAAAGUCAAGAGAAAAAGGAGGUUGAGGUUGAGGUGAGUGGCAUGGAGGCGCACGACUAGCCCGUCUCUGCUCCAUAGUCUCAUGGCUUUUCUCCUCAUUUUUAUCUACUGUUCUUUCCAACUAGGCAGAGGGAUACGAAGAUGGCACCACAAUUCUUUAUAACCGCUGCACACUGACGGACUUCCUGAAGGCCCCCAACCCUGUGGACUUCCUGGCAAAGGCCAGUGAGGUGAGCACGCAGGUGGCCGUGACCGGAGAGUUGCAUAGCGUGGGGUGGGGAGGGCUGAAUGUUGGUGGCAGCGGCUGGUUCAUCAGGAGGGUGGUAGCAGCAUUAGACACCGGAGAACCUGGAGGUUUUGAGUUGGAGGGGUUAUUAGCUGCCAGAACCUGAAAGGUGCUCCAAUCCUGCCGUUGCUUAUGAUAUCUUAGUACGGCUUCAGUUUGGUCUUCCUGUGCAGGGUAAGCAGGUUCUACUGAUGAGGCUCAUUAACAUAGGGCAAAGCCCUUUGGAUGGAUAAAGCAAUCGGUGCCUCUCUCAUCCCCUUGCCGUUCCUAGAUUGUCUUCGACAGCGAAGAGCUGGAACGCCACAGCGCUACCACUGAGGAAGUGCGUCACUGUUGCCGGGACAUCCGUGUUCUGGGCCGUAAGGAGCUCCGGUAUGUUCCUCCUUUAAGGGGUAGGACUUGGGGUGUAGGGAAUGGAGGAACAAAGCCCACCUUUUGUUGGAGAGAGAGGUUUUGAAGAGAUUCCUACUCUCCAGCAGAAGAGUUAAACACAAUGGCAGUUGCUCCAAAGCACAUUAAAUCUCGGUUAGAUUUGCAUCUGCCUUCAUCCACCUUUAAGAAAAUGUUCCCCAUGAGAAAACUUAGGCUAGAAUAAAUAACAGACACUUGACUUUGCAAAUAAGUGAGUGUUUUACUCACAAUAGUUUCUCAGUGUUACAUGUCCCCGUCCACUGGCAGUGCAGUGAAGAUGAAAAAAGGUUCCAAACAAUCUUUGAGUUAGCAAAGAUGCAGACUUUAAAAUCUCAUUUCAGAGAGAUUCAGUUCACUUGCCGAGAGCCAUGGCUUCUUGCUUGUUCCAGUAAGCUGAGAGGAAGGGGCGGGGGGGGGGGCAGAACCAGCUGAGAGCCUGCUAAGCCACACCCACUUGCAACCUGAGCAGGUUCACUCUUUCAGGCGUGCAAGUGUGACCCAGUAACUAUAUAUUAUGGCACCUUUCACGUCCCAGUCACAGAAGCAGCUUCACUCAGGCCCCCUGAAACUAUGGGCAGCAAGAACAUUCAAGCAGCUAUGCUAGAUCACCACCCAUCUAGUUUGCCAGGCAUUGCCCACAUACUUCCAGUUCACAGUCAAAAAGGCUAGAAACUGUUUUGAAAAAUCUAAAUUGAAUGAUGCACCCAGUUCCCAUUAUGAACUGUUUCUGCACUCCAGCUGAAUCGUGGCACAAACACACACCCAGCCCUGGAAACUGGGACAAAAGUAAGCAGAAGGGACUUUCUAAAUCUCUCACUGAAAGUCCCAGCUCCAUAGUAGCUACUGGUCAAGGCCCUGCAAUCACCAUCAACUGCCAGAAAACAGGUGGGCAGGCAUAGAGUCUGACUGUCGUCUUCUUUGCGUUGCUCAGGGGCCUGCUGAACUGGAGGACGAGGCUGAGGCGCUUUCUUGUCAAGAAGCUGAAAGAGCAAGCCAAGGAAAUAGAUAUCAAGUAAGAGGGGCGGGGAGGGGGCUGGUGACGUUCUGCUUACAGGGCAGCCAGCUAUAUAGGCUGGGGGAAGAAAGUGGGCUGGAUUUGCAAAGCCUUUUUCCCCUGUUUUCAGCUUGAGCUCUGGCGAGGAGGGCGAAGGGGAGGACGAACCGCAGCCUGAGCGGACGAGUCAAGAGACCCCGAGCAGAGAGGAGCCAGACGAGAAAGAAGAGGAGGAGGAGCUGGAGCUCAAACUGGCAGAGCUCAAGGCCCAAGAGAUGGCCGAACUGAAGAGGUGGGUGGUUUUUGCAGCCCCAAAUUGCCAGCUCCAUUUGUGCCUGAUGACAAAGGGCUGCAAGGAGGGACCGCGUGGCGUUCCAGAACUUCUAGGGGAAGCUGGUUGACAGGUGGGCGGGGGCUGUGGGAAGCCUGGAACGGAAGAGAUGCCACUCAUGCACAGGCCACCGGAGAGCAGUGUUAGAAACUCGGGUAUAUAAGCUGGGCACCCUUAUGGCUUCUUAAACCAGGAUUACAGUUGCUGAAACGGAAUGCCUAGUUGACAGCUCAAAAGUACUAUUUUUCAAUAUGACUUUUUGGUGUCUGAAAUUCAUUCUGGUUGUGCAGAUAAAAUAUCACGAGAUGUGUUGCUACUGUGUGAAAACAGUCAAGCUCCAAGUGUCCCCAGGCAUGCAACUCCAAAUGGUGGAGACAUCAGGCGCCAUCAUGGUACCCAGGCAUCUUCACUUGUUCACAAGUGACCGAUGGCCAGGUGCCAAGUGCGUCUGGGGAAUUUUAAACGUUGGCCCAGGGGGUGGGCCAUCUUCCUCUUUCUCACUGCUGCCCUUGUAGAACUCUUUGUCAGCCUGGAUAGCUCACUCGGUUAGAGCGUGGUGCUGAUAACACCAAGGUUGCAGGUUCGAGCCUCAUAGGAGACAGCUGCAAAUUCCUGCAUUGCAGGGGGUGAGACUAGAUGAUCCUAGGGGUCCCAUCCCACUCUACAUUUCUGUGAUUCUGUGGACUCAGCAGGGGAUGAAAGUAGCGUUAGUUGGCUCUGCCUGCCAUUGGCUCCUGCUCCAACUAUUGUUUGGGCCCUCUGCCUUCCGUCCCAGCCAUUCCAACGGUCUCCAUCCACCACGUCACCAUCUUUUUCUUCGCCAACACCAGGAAGAAACGCAAGAUCCUGCGUGAGCGACGGCGGCAGCGAGAGCGCGUUGAGCUCAAGAUGGAUCUUCCCGGCGUUUCUGUUGCCGAUGACGGUGACACCGGCAUGUUCUCCCUCCGGGCCAUCAGCAAAAGUCAGGUAAGCAGGAAGCGUUGCAAACAUGCAUUCAAAGUGCGGGCCCUGCAGGAUCCGUCUUAGUCCAUCUUUCCACCACCUGAUGCCCUCCAGAUACUGUUUGCCUGCCAUUGCCCCCCAGCCAGAAUGAGCCUGUUCAUUGUUACUGGCAGGUGAGGCCCACUCGGUGGCUCCUGCUCUGAAGGUGGCCAGUGCAGGGGCCUGUGGAAGAGCCUUUUUGGUGGUGGCUCCACAGUUGUCAUGUGUCUUUACAGCAUCUUUGUUUUGGCAGCGGGUGGAGACACACCUCUUUCAUCAAGCUUCUAGAGGUGUGAUGAGUAAAGCCAGUUCUAAGUAUGAUACAAGUUCCUCCUAAUUCACAUAUCCUGUUGAACCCGUGAUGCUUGACCCACCUAUGUGCUUGGAGGGAAGUCCAUAAUUUAGGAGCUGCCAUGGAGAAUUCCCACUUCUGAGGGCAUGGAACUACCAAAAGUCCCUCUCCCCCAUUUAUAACACACAAAAGGGUCUGCUACGCUAAUGAUUCUGUUUUGUAGCGUCUUGUUUUGUUGCACAUCGCCCUGUGCCUGUUGCAAUUAAGGGCAAUUAAAACGCCUUAAUAAACAAGGAGAACUUCUAUCAUUUAUAUUUGUCCAUUUAGUACAUUUAUACGCCACCAAGGAGCUCCAAGUUGUACGCAUGGUUCUUUUUCACCCGACCAAAAAAAUAAAAUAUCGUCUCAGCAGCCCUGGGGCCCAAGGUCACCUGAGUGGGGGUUCAAACCCUUGUCUCCCACAUCUUAGUCUGACACUCUAACCAUUGCACUACACUGUCUGCGUAGGGUGAGCAACUCGGAAGAGUGGCGGCAGCUCCCAGCGGUAAGGAGAACUGCCCUCUAAGACGGUCCCGCCUUCCUUUGACACAUUCCAUACACACACCUGUGCCUCUUCCACUUCUAGUUGCUGAAUGAGGUUUUCAAGGGAGACAUGGCAGCCGCAGAUACCUUCGUGGCGACAGCAGCAGGUGCAGACGACGACCUCUCGCUUUCGGAAGGGGGAGACUCCGACGACGACAUGUCUCUGGCCAGCGAGUUGGACGAGGAGGAGAUGGCGGAGGUUGAGGAGCGGUCAAGGCAGAUGAAGCGGGCCCAGGCCCCACAGCUGAGGUACUCAAGGGGGUGGGAGGAUGCAAGGUGGGUUGGCUCCAGGAAUGAGGUUGGCUUGACAUUCUGGAGGGAGGUGGAGAAAGACACUGCGGGUGGUCUCCUCACCUGAGCAGCACUAAACCUGGGGGUGAAAAUUACUGCAAGAUCAUGACUCCCCCUUCUGUGGAAAAGAAGGAUCCGCAUGGAGAGAGAGAGCGAGAGCGCAGGAACCUGGGGGGCUGGAAAAUCAGGUGGAAUUACAGUGGUGCCUCGCAAGACGAAAUUAAUCCGUUCCGCGAGUGUCUUCGUCUAGCGGUUUUUUCGUCUUGCGAAGCAACCCUAUUAGCGGAUUAGCGCUAUUAGCGGUUUAGCGGCUAUUAAAGGCUUAUUGGCUUAUCGGCUUAGCUGCUAAAAGGCUAUUAAAGGCUUAGCGGCUUAGAAAAAGGGGGGGGAAAGCGAAAAAAAAAUCUCAAGACUUGCAAGACAUUUUCGUCUUGCGAAGCAAGCCCAUAGGGAAAUUCGUCCUGCGAAGCAACUCAAAAACGGAAAAACCUUUCGUCUAGCGGGUUUUCCGUCUUGCGAGGCAUUCGUCUUGUGGGGCACCACUGUAUUACCUUGCUGACCUCGAAAGCCAAACUGUUAUCUAUUUGUGAUUUUAUUUUUUUAAUGCCUCACACAAAUAGUUGAAGAUAAAACUCUGCUUGUCAGGUUGGCAACAUUUGAACAGUAAGUGUUGUUUGCAAGCUCCUCCAAGCAGCAUCUGCACGAAGUCCUCUCGCCUUCUCAGUCAAGAUUGAAUUAUUUGAAAUAACCAAGUAACUGUCAACUGCCAACUACCACCUCCUUUCCGCAACGUCAUUUAUUGAAUGUGAAUGCAAUGUACUGGAAGAUCAUGUAUCCCCCUUCUGUGGAAAAGAAGGAUCUGAAUUCGGAGAGGGAGAAAGAGAAAGGGGGGAGGAGCAGGACAGGAGCUGGGGCGCUGGGCAGUCAGGUGGAGUUACUACCUUGAGGGUCUGCUUUCUAGAACGAUUGCUAGAAACAAGGAAAAAGACACCACGAAAACACUGACAUAGAAAGCCCAGCUUGCCUUUAUUCUGCUCCCAUCCCUGGAGAUAAAGGAAUUGUUUUGGUUUGGUUUUGUUUUGUAAGCUGCUUUAAACAGUGUCAGACCAUUGCUCCAUCUAGCUCAGUAUUGUCUACACUGACUGGCAGCAGCUCUGUCGGAGUUCAAGCAGGGGACAUCCCAUCCCCACCUGCCGAUGCCGGGGACUGAACCCAGAACCUUUUGCGUGCAAAUCAAAAGCUCUUGUCAACGAGCUACAACCUUCCCCACCCCCACCCCCAAAUGCUCAAGGCAAUAGGGUGUGGGCAGAUAUUCCUCAGUCGCCUGUUAACCCUCAAUAUGCCUCUUAGGAGGGAUUUCAUUAUCCCUCCCAAGUGGGAGUUCCUAGUCCUCCAACAGCAGUAGGGAUACACCUGUGAGUCCAACCAAUCUCCCUCCUACCCAUCGCCGGUGGGCUACAGGUGGGUCUGCUGUGUUUCCAGUGCUUCGAGCUCUGCUGGAGUUCUGGCCAAUGUGUUUACAGGGUUGCCAAGGAAGAGGAAGAGGAGAGCGCAGAGGCAGAGAACCCACUUUUGGUGGCACUAGAGAGCAAGGAGGAGCGGCAGGAACAUCAAGCAAGUCUGUGGUUUGGCAAGGUGAGCAUCUCCUGAUACGGAGGAGGUUCUUUGGCCUCCUCCAUGACCAAUGAUGGCUUAGCUCAGGACUGGGUGACCUCUGGCCCCGCCCAGUGUUGCUGAACUGCAGCUCCCAUAGAUCCCUGACAACUGGCCGGGCUUGCUGGGGCUGAUGGGAGUUGGGAGUUCAACAACAACAUCUGGAGGGUGGCAGCUUCCCCACCCCUUGGUCUAGUGGGAACGCUAAGAACAUCAUUGUUGGGGUGUCAUGUUAGAUUGGCUCAGCUUUCCAGAUGGGUGCCCUGCAGCUAGAGUAGGCAGCUAGCUAUUCCAGGAAGCAGCACCUUGUUUGGGCAAGGGAAGCUUCUAGCUGUGCCCUUGAUUUUUGUGUUUUCUGCUGGCCAGGAAGCGUUUGCUGGGAUUGAUGACGAUGCUGACGAGGCACUAGAGAUUGGGCAGGCACAAGUCCUGUCCCAGAACCGGGCAGAACCUCCCCCAGGUAAGCCACAUAUUUGAGCCUGAAGGAUGCCAAAAUCUAUCCGUCCUCGAGCGACUACAUGCAGACUUCCAGUGUCUGCUGAUUUCAGGGGUGACAGCAGAGCUAGCAACUUCUUGAACAGUGGUAGGAUUUACAUUGCCUUCCGUAACCAGAAGAGCUAAUAUUGAAUCCAGGAUUGAGGACUGAUUUGCUAUUGCAGAAAAUCCUGUGAAUAUAGACUGCUGAUAAGCUGUUGGUUUUUCACUCUCUCACCAUAUAAGAAGGGAUUUCGUAUACCAAGCUUGGCAUCCAUGUACACUGGUGGAGAAAGGAGUGCGGGGGAAGCACCCCGCCCCCGGCAGCGCAAUGCCAGCAAGGUGCCAUUUCAGCUUCCCCCCUAUGCGCUGCGUGCCCCACCCCCGCAGGCGGCGCGCCAUGCCCCUGUGGGCGGCACACCCCGCCCCCACGACGCACGCCAGCCCUGCCCCCACCUGCUCUCCACCCCCCCCAGUACUGGAGCAUGAAACUCUGCCACUGUCCGGUGUAUGUGAAUCUUGACUCUCUGGUGCUGAGCCUCCUUCUUCGUUCCCUCCCCCCCCCCAUCACGCUUGCCCCAGGACAGUUAGUUCAGGAUGACUGAUGGAAGGCGAGGGAGAGAUUUUCUCACCCUGUCUGUGGUUUUCUCUUAUACAGCCUCCAAAAAUACAAAGAGGAAAAAGACGCAGCCCCGCUCUGGUGCUGCGCUCGAGACGACACUCGAGGUAGGCCCAAAGCCUGAAGGUCCUACAGGUGCAGCUGAGGGGAAGGGUUCUGACACGGGGGAGAGUGACAGCAGCGACAGUGAUGACGAAAGGUGAAGUCCUUUUAAAAUAAAUGCAUUUUUAAAAAAUUAAUUUUUAAAUUUUACAUCCCACAUGAACAUCUUUCAACAUACCAACUGCACUGCUCUAGAAGAUGAAAUCACAUUCCUGUGUUUUAGCCCAAAAAGUCCUUCCGCAUAUUGUCAUGAUAUUUUGGUGGACUGCACAUACCGUCCUCUAUUUCUCUUGUGCUGCUGCUCUAGGUUUCUUUUAAAAAAUCACUGUUUCUACGCACUCUCUUUCCAUUGCACUCUCGUGCUUAAUACCUGUUGCCUCACUUACACAAAUCCUUCUUAGAAUCACCUUCAUCGCCUCCCAUGAUGUUGCAGCUGAGAUCAAAGUAGGAUUUUAGUUCUGAUGCCAUGCAUCCAGCUAUUAAAUCAUGCUGUGGUCAAGGAUCAGUGGGAUUGCUGCUGUUCCCAACUGUCUUCAUCUGCUGCUAUAUUGUUAUGUUUGGUUUUGGUAUUAUUGUGCAUUGUGUUUUGAGCUGCCUCUGGGUUGUUGUUUUUUACAAGCAAAGGUGAGGUAUAAAUAUUUUCAGUUAAAUUGAAAAUAUAGCAGCGGAGUGCUGUCUGUUUAGAGACAUCUCCUUAAUUUGGUCAGUGAGACUUAGCCGCUCUAUGCAUUACUUCAUUAUUUCAUUUUUAAGGCUGCCUUACCUCUGAAGAGGAUUAAACAUUGUGCAAUGGCGCAGCUGGUAAACAUUUGGUUCUCUCAGGUUUGACACUCAUCAUAUGCAGCAUGUAAUAAGAUCAGUUACAAAACAGCACAACAGACAGCAGAAGAUGAGUUUUAAAACAACACAAAACGGGGGGACACCUACUUCAGAGACCUCCUCCUCCGGCCUGGACAGCUAGUUGGAACAAAAUGGUCUUCAGUUAUUUCUGGAAAGUGCUGAUUGUGGGGACCUGUCAUAUCUCAGCAGUGAUGCUGCUCCACAGAACAGCCACACCAAAAGUUACUGUGGAGCAGGCUUCUGAUAACCUUGGAGCUGGAAGGAGAAGCUCUCCGGCAGAACGCAGUGGCCCACUGGGUAAACAAGGGAUGCAGUAUUCUCUCAAGGUCCCUUGUCUUAAGAUGUACAGGGCUUUACGUGUUAGUACCAAAACCAUCUUGACCCAGUGGAGGAUCAGCAGCCAGUGCAAAUCGCACAAGCGAGGUGUAUUAUGUGUUGGCAGUAGUUUGUCCCCACAAGCAACCUAGCCACCAUAUUCUUCACCAGCUGCAGCCUCCAGACCAACCUUAAGGGCAGCCCCACACAGAGUUCAUUGCAGUAAUCCAGCCUUGAGAUUAGCAAUGCAUUCGCAGCUAUGUUCAAAGGAUCUCAAUCCUGCAAGAGUAACAGGUCAUUAAAAAACACUCCUAGCCUCCAAGGACACUUUAGCCUCCACCUAACAGAGCUGGAUUCAGGAGCAGGAGCGUUGGUAGAGAUCCCAGAGAAGUAAAUCCCAGAGUUCCUGGGAGUUCCUUUCCAGCUGUCCAUGUUGUUUAGAUUUUGGUGAGCAGUAUGCCUAAUGUGACAUUUCUAAGGUUUAUUUUGGAGGACGUGGAUGGGACGUGGGAGCGAAGGCAUCUCAUAACUCCCUACUCUUUACAUGUUUCAGGGAGCAGCCAGCCUCACGCAAGGGAACAAAACGGCUCCGGUCAGAGGAAGAGCCAAGAGGCAUUGAGGUGGUCCCCAUUGAUGAUCCAGGUGAGGAUGAGCCAAGAAUGGGGGCUUUUGUAUCCUGGUUGCUUCCGCUUCCUCUCUGAACCUCGGAGCUGGAGAAGCCGCCUGGAAGACAGUCUGAAAUGUUGUUGUUGCAGCUGCACUCACCCAGCAGUUCGAAGAGAUUUAGAGCAGUAUACAGCAGUUCUUUCCUGCUGUUUUCAUGUGGGACUCGUAGAGGAACAGAAGCCCGCAUAUGCAGAAAGUGCGUAGUGACAGUGUCCAGUGAUCUGAAUGAAAUUUAGGUACGUUUAGCCUGUAGAAAAGGAAGUUUGAGAAGGUGAUAUCACAGCCAUCUUCAAAUAUGUGAAGAUGGACCUUGCUUGUUUUUUGCUGCUACAGAGGGUAGGACCCAGACCAGUGGAUUCAAAUUGCAGGAAAGGAAACUCCCGUUAAGCAUUAGGAAGAACUUCUGUGGCAAUAAUUCAACAGUAGAACAGACUGUUUCAGAAUGUGAUAAACUUUCCUUCACUGGAAGUUUUUAAACAGAGGUUGUGUGACCUUCUGUUAGGGAUUAUGUAGUUGCGAUUUUUGUAUUGCGCGGGGUUGGGCUAGAUGAGUAUCGGGGGUCCCUUCCAGCUCUAGAGUUCUCUGAUUCUAGUGCUGCGGGGUGGUUUAUCAGUCCCAAAGCCACAGGGAAGACUUAACCCGAUAUUCCCCACAUCUGAAUGCAGCCUUUGUCUCUCUGCAGUGAAGCGAGCUCGUAUUCUGGACCCUGAGGGCCUGGCACUGGGCUCCGUCAUUGCCGCCUCCAAAAAGGCCAAGAGGGAUUUGAUUGAUGACUCUUUCAACAGGUAAUGGAGAGUAGGGAGGUGUUAGCAAGCUUCUACAUGUCCCUCAUCACCUUUUAACACAGAGAUUUGCAUGUGAGCAUGUGUCGCCGCAGAAGUGUGAUACUUCAAGACCUUGCACCUAGAGCUGCAGCCUGACGCACAGAUGCUCUGUUACACUUUAAUUACCAGGAGAGAUCACCAGUACAUCACAGCCCCAACUGGAGUGAAAAAGCAGGUGGUACUAAAUGCCAAGUAGAAGGUGGACAGUAAAGCCUGAUAUUUGUGGGGGUAGAAGGGCUCCAACUGCAGCUUUAACUGGAGCCGGCUGAUUUGAUCUUGACUUAUUUCGGCUACUUUCACCUGUGAGCAGGUAAUCCUGCUGCAAUUGGGUCCUCCAGUCAUCCCCGAUGUGGUAAAGCUGUGAAGAGUCUCUGCAAGAGUGCUUGUUCUGAGAGCUUGCCUUCUUUGAGCUAAGAAGCACACUUGAAAAGUUUCCCCAUCAUAAAGAGUGAACUGUGCCUCCAGUUUUAAUUUUAGGGAGGGGAGGGAAGCAGGUGCAUGUUUUGAUCUGCCUGCUUACUGCUCUUCCUGCCCCCAGAUACACCUUCAAUGAGGAAGAAGACGAGCUCCCUGAGUGGUUUGUACAGGAAGAGCACCAGCACCGGCGCAAGCCGUUGCCCCUGGAUCGGCAGACGGUGGAGGAGUACCGCCAGCGCUGGCGUGAGAUCAAUGCCCGGCCCAUCAAGAAAGUGGCGGAGGCCAAGGCCCGCAAGAAGCGGCGGGUAAGCAAGAGAGCAAGCUGCCCGUUCACGCGCACAGAGUGGGAAACUGCCCUUUUCCAGAUCAGAGGAUCUCUCCAUCCUUAUUGCCUUGAGUGGCAGCAGAUCUCCAGGUUUAUUCCAAACCCCACAGGAACCCUGCUUGCCUGCCCUCUCCCUCAGUGCCCUGACUGCUCUGUCCCUCUCCGCAGAUGCUGAAGAAACUGGAGCAGAUGAAGAAGAAAGCAGAGUCGGUGGUGAACACCGUGGACAUCUCUGAGCGUGAGAAAGCUGCUCAGCUGCGCAGGUAGGUCUUCAGCUUGGGGAGGGGGUGCUUCCUGUGGAGAACAGCAGGGUUGCUACAUGAAUCCCGCAGGGCUCACAGAGGGAGAUUCUGUUUCCUCUUGAGGUCUGCAGUGUGUAGAUAUCGCAAUAUUCUUCCAACUGCAGGGAGGGGUGGGGAACCUGAGGCAUUUCUAGAUGUUGCUAGGUUACAACUCCCAUCAGGCCAGGCUGGUGGGGCCUGAUGGGAGUUGCAGUCCCACAGCAGGGCUACUAGAGCCACCGUUCCUAACCAAUCACAGAGCGGCUUCCGUAGCGUUCCCAAACGAAUGAACCACCCAGGCUCUGGGGAAAGCCAGGCCUGCUGUGCUUCAGAUGUACCUAAAUCAAUCCCCUUGGAACCUGAUAAACUAGUUUUGUUGGGGCCAGGCUUCUAGGGUCAGAUUUCCAGACAGAGACUGGAGAGCUAGCAUGGUGCAAUGUUAACAGUCUGGGACUCAGGAGACCAUGGUUCAAAUCUCUACUCUGCCAUGAAGCCUGCUGGGUGACCCUGGGACAUUCACUGUCUCACAGCCCAAAUUUACCUCACAGAAUUGUUGUGAAAAGAAAGGAAGGCGCGACAACCUUUCUGUUUCAGAGGAAAGGCGGGAUAUGAAUUGAAUAAGUAAAAUAGCAACUAAAUAAACACAGGAGACUCAGGAGCAAUUGUUCAGGGUUCGAAGAGAAGCCUUGCGCUCGUAACUCCCCACUUUCCCUGUGUCCCUCCCCCCUUCUCCAACAACAGCAUUUACAAGAAGGCAGGGAUAGGCAAGGAGAAACGGCAGGUGACCUACCUUGUGGCCAAAAAGGGUGCUGGGCGGAAGGUCCGGCGCCCUGCCGGAGUCAAGGGCCACUUCAAAGUGGUGGACAGCCGCCUCAAGAAGGACAUGAGAGCCCAGAAACGCAAGGAGCAGAAGCCAAAACACCGGCAGCGGAAGAAGUAAACCACUUUGUCCUGCUGCUUCGUGGUUGCUAAGCGAGCAGGCCUUUUGCCACCCUUGAACAUGUCAGAAUCUCAAACUGCGCCCCAGGAGUCUCCAAGCAGCAGCUGACCAGGUUUGUUGAGAUGUCACAUGGAAUUUCAGAAUUCCUGGCGCUUGGUUUGGUGGCUGGUGGUGUGAGCUGUAUGUGCAUUGGGACAAGGUUGCCUGGGCUCAUUUUCUUGCUAUCCUGGCCCACUUGCAGCUCACCAGGCGUGUCUGUGGAGAGGCCUCUUCAUGAGUUACCUCCCUUCAAGGUGUCUGCCCUUGGUUAUUAAACAUUGUUUUCUCAUGAAC